UCGCCUUUUUCUCUCCCUCACUCGCCCUUCACUGCAACCCCAGCCGAGUCGUUGAUUAUUUACCCAACCUUCCACUAGCAAACCGUCCUUCUUUCUGCUCAUCUAUCACACCUUCUCUCUAAACACCGCUCACCUCGCACAUCACUCACAUCGACCUCAGUCCAAUCACCACGCAGGAUGACAACUACGACCACAAUACCAGAGGAGGACACUCGUGCUCCCUCGUCAGAGGCGUAUCUGGCGCGAAUGCCACUAGAAGUCCUGACGAGAAUCACUUACUUCGUCAGAACACCCGACCUUGGCAAUGCGCGCUUGACGUGCAGAUGGCUGGAAAGCGCCCUCUUCCACUCGUUUGCCUACGAGUUCUUCCGCAAGAAGCAGUUCAUGGUCUACGGACCCAGUCUGCAAGUCCUCGUUGACAUAUCCAAACAUCCGGGCUUUUCGCCCUACUUGAAACAUGUAAUCAUCGGCGCCGACCAAAUCCUCGAACCCCACAGAAUUCAGUCUCGGCAGGACGAGGCAAAAUUGCUGAACUGGCACCUCGCAUACGCUGAUCAACGAACACUGUUGGCAUCAGGCCGUGCACGGGACAUGCUGGUCGAAGCCUUCAAGAACUUGCCCAACCUCGAGACUGUCGAUCUUCGAGAUUUCCACUCUCCCUCGCGGACCCGCGACGGCGACGCAGGUUGGACCAGCUAUGGCUUUAACACCUUAUCCGAAACCACCGGAGUUAAACAUUUCACCGGACAGCCGCGGGUAGGCGAAGAAGAUUAUCCGACGCUCUUGUUCACACUUAUCACCCACGCCUUGGCCGCGGCCAAAGCACGCCCAAAAGGCAUCGAAGUGGUUAUCAGAGAAAACUGGGCGGUGCGCGACCAUGGCUUCCUGGUACCUCCUUACCUAGAGCCAGAUUUUCUGCCGGUAUUGGCGGGCCUCAAGAAGCUGCAUCUCGUGCUGGAUUCCGACCUAGCCACACACAGGGACAUCGAGAUUCAAUAUCUCCUGUUCAAGAAAUUCCUUGCGCUCACACCCAAUCUUACCUGGCUGAGAGUCAACUUUGAGAGAUCAAUUUCACACUAUGGAGGGAAAGAGGCUCUGCUUAAGUGGCUGGCCAGCUCCCUUCGUCCUGGUAUCUGGUCAUCGCCUGGCCUCAUUAACGCCGAUCCUUCCCGUUUGCCGCCGCCCGUCGAGUUCGACCACCUGGAACAACUCGACAUCGGUCAACUCGAUGUUUCGGCAAACACUCUUUAUCGCCUAUUUAACAAGUUCUCUUCUACUUUGAAAGCGAUUAGCCUGCGCAGGGUCAAAAUCCAGCAAAGUUCUGACCAACAGACCUUCGACCAGGACGACGACGAGCAGAACCCAUGGAUCAAAUUCUUGCGCAGCCUCAAGAAGGAGUCGUUCCCACAUCUUCGAAAAUUGAGCCUGAGUUUACUGAGCGCGGAGGUCAACUCCACUACUUCCGGGGCUACGCUCCACUACCCAGUAUUGGGGUUUGUUAAUCCAGACGAGGCCGAGAAUCGGAAGGGCAUUUCAUCAACAGGGUAUCAAAACCUUUGGGGGUUAGCUCAAGCCAUUGGGGACAGGACCUAUACUGGCCUGAAACUGGAGACGUUUCUCAGCAACCCUGCCGCAGACAUAGCUACACCUGGCAAACACAUCACAGGUGUUCCGCGCCCUGGACAAUCGGACGACGAAUCAGAUUUCGACUCAAGCGACGAUGACGACGAGGGGUCGAGUGAUGAUGACGGCAGCGCGGCGGACGAUUAGUUGUCGAUGGUUGUUCCGAGGUUACAGCGCUGGUCUAUUCCUUCUAUAUUGAACAGGAAGGGAUGGUUAUGGACGAGAAGCUUCAAAUUGCUUUCAUUGCUUAAAGUCGAAGAUACCCGAUACCCGCGGAGAAACUGUGUUGGUUUUUAGACGCAGGUACUGGCAGCCGUUAUACCAAUCAGCCAAUAUCUUUUGUAGACUCAAAAGAAAAGGUUUCUUUAAAAUGGAUUGCUCAAGCAGAUUAUGCAAGUGCU